ACUUUUCUGUGGCUACAUAUAUAUAUGCAAAAGACAAAAGAUAACCCAGUUAAAUAGUACUAUUUUGUGUCAAUCUCCUCAUCGAUCUCAUUUUGUCUCUGAUUAGAGCUUCAAAAUGGAUACCGGUGAAGGUAAGUCAGCACAAGCACCAAACAUCAAUGCUCCACCCACUGGACAAUGGACUACUGGUUUAUUUGAUUGCUUUGACGACACUGGAAUUUGCUGUUCUACCUGGCUCUGUCCACAUUCCAUUUUUGGUCCCAAUGCGGAAAUUAUAGACCAAGGAAGAACAUCUUCUAGAUCUGCAACUUACAUAUUUUGUGGCCUUAGCUUGGUUGGGUGGGCAUUCUUAUAUUCAUUCAAAUUCAGAAGCAAGCUAAGAGCCCUCUACAACUUACCAGAAGAACCAUGCGGAGAUCUUUGCGUUCACUACUGUUGUUUAGUGUUUGCUAUUAGCCAAGAGCGACGAGAACUUAAAAACCGUGGAUUGGACACCUCAGUAGGUUGGAAGGGAAACGAAUUCGCAAUGAGAAAAGCUAACCUAGUACCUCCACCAGUUGUGCCCGCCAUGACUCGCUAGAAUUUCUCAUGUCAACGAUACAAUUUGGAGUAGACUUGCUGUUAUAUACAAUCUGGUGCUAUAAGUUAGGAGUUUAACUUUCUUAGUUUUUAAUAUCUAGUAUCAGUUGCUUUAUAAUUUCCUGUUGUUGAGUAUGUAGCCACUUUGAAUUCAAUAAAGAAGCAUCAGUUUGCAAGUUACAUAUAUA